UUUUCUAUGGCAUAUUGGCUUGUUACUUGUUGGUCUCAUUGUCUUCAAGAAAACUCCAGGCCUCGAAAGCAAAUAACCAAGUACGAGUGUACGAUUACGGAGUAGAAGCAAAGAAUUCAAGAAAUAUUCAGCAACCAUUUCAAUUUCAUUUCCACAGUGGAGAAGAAGGUUAACCCGUCAUUUACGCUCUAAGUCUGAAUAUUCGAUUGGAGAAUCUUGCUUUUGAUGAUCUAAUGGCUGCUUCUAUAUCACCCUUAUCUCAAUCCCAGCGUUUUCUAGUGAACACCCGUUUGGCUGUACUGAAAAAGCCGCAAACCCAGUUUUUCUCAGUACCCAUUCAAGGAAUCCCUCAAAGCUCAUGGCUUUCUGCGAGAAAAUCCAAGAUGGUUGUGGUUGUGGCUACAACCACCGCAGAGAAGGCGAAAAAGAGGUACCCUGGGGAGGCUAAAGGGUUUGUGGAGGAGAUGAGGUUUGUAGCUAUGAAGCUGCACACUAGGGACCAGGCUAGGGAGGGGGAGAAGGAGACUGAAGGCCAGCCUCUGGCUAAGUGGGAGCCAACUGUUGAAGGGUACCUGAAAUUCUUGGUGGAUAGCAAAUUGGUUUAUGAUACUUUGGAGAAUAUUGUGGAAAAAGCUCCUUUUCCUGAAUAUGCUGAGUUCAGGAACACGGGAUUAGAAAGGUCGGAGAGCCUGGCUAAAGAUUUGGAAUGGUUUAGGCAGCAAGGUUAUGCCAUCCCGGAACCUUCAACUCCCGGUGUCAGCUAUGCUCGUUAUCUUGAAGAGCUGGCUGAAAAGGAUCCUCAGGCGUUCAUUUGCCACUUUUAUAACACAUACUUUGCACAUACGGCUGGCGGUCGCAUGAUUGGGAGAAAGGUGUCUGAAAUGAUACUCGACAACAAAGAGCUGGAGUUCUAUAAAUGGGAUGGCGACGUUAAACAACUGCUGCAGAAUGUUAAGGACAAGCUGAAUAAAGUUACCGAAAGCUGGACUAGAGAGGAGAAGAACCAUUGCUUGGAAGAGACCGAGAAGUCAUUCAAGUAUUCCGGGGAUAUUCUCCGCUUGAUACUGUCAUAAUGCAUGGCCAUUAAGCUUUGGGCUAUUGUGCAUAAACUUUGUUUGAGUCUUACAUACAUUAUCGAUCAAUGCUAUACCUCUGAUCAAACCCGCCAUUUGAAUGAUCCCAGGUGAAAUUGUCUCAUUUGUAAUAUGUAAGAUCAGAAACAUGUAUGGCACAGGUUUGUGUGGUCCUGGUUUUGUUGUUGUUCAUUCUGGUGUUACUUGGA